CUUGACAGCUCCACCACCGCCAUGGAGCAUCCGAGCCUUACAUCCCUCUCGCUUACGCAUGUUCGCUACGACCCGAAUGAUGUAUAUUCAUGGAUUUCCGCACAUCUGGCUCUUGUGCCGCAAGCUCUCAUGAUCUCCUACGUCACACUGUUAUGGGCGACUCGGGAAAUAGAAGUUCUGAUCAUGUUUGCUGGACAACUUGGAUGCGAGGCGCUGAACUUUGUACUUAAGAGAUACUUUAGAGAAGCCCGGCCUACAGAAUUCAUUGGGAAAGGCUAUGGAAUGCCCUCCUCGCACGCACAGUACGCGGCGUUCUUCUCAGUCUAUCUGAGUCUUUUCUUGCUUCUUCGGCAUGAUCCCGUCAAUCAUCCAAAUGCUUCAAGCACGCAUAUCCCGACGCCGUUCUGGCAAAGGCUGGGACUUGCAGUGCUUUCUAUCGUUUCUGCGGGUGCUGUUGCGCACAGUCGGAUCUAUCUGAAUUACCACUCGCCGAAACAAGUCUAUGCUGGAUGCGCUGCGGGUGCGGGUUGUGCUGUUGCCUGGUUCAUUGCGACUGCUGUCGCCAGGCGGAUUGGGUUGGUGAAUUGGGUGUUGGAGCUGCCUCCCAUGAAGUGGGCGAGGAUGCGUGAUUUAGUCGUAAGUGAGUCGCUGGAGGAUGCUGGCUGGGAGAGAUACCAAUCCGCCCUCAAGCUCAAGGCAAAGGAGGCCUUGAAGAAGAAUCGAUGAACGCGAUUCGUGCGGGUUAGAGACAUCAAUGUCAACCAACACCUAAGGUGUGAUAGCUUGUGAGCCAUGUCAUCACGACUGGCACGGUUCAUAUCCGCAUGAUCUCAAGCCAUCAAGUACGGCAAGAUGAUGGGUUUAAGCCUGACCACAUGCAACCGUAAUCAACGCCGGUCACUCUGUCGAUUCCGCAAAACCUCCCC